UGGACUGUGAUUGCUGGUAGACUAACAACAGUUGCUUGUUAACACGUUAGUGUAUCUGUUGUUAACCUGACCAAAUUUAAAGAAUGCCUGAACACUCCCCAUCACCAACACCUGAACGUGCCAUCUAUGGAUUUGUCCUGUACCUGCUUGCAUUUGUUUUGUUUUUUUUGUACCUGGUAUGGGCGUGGGUACCUGAUGCCUGGUUACAUCAACUUGGGCUAGACUACUGGCCACAGAAGCAAUGGGCCAUUGCUUUACCUACAUUUCUAUGUUUCUGCUUGUUAAUGAGUUACCCCGUCUACUUUGGAUUGACCUUUCUGAACUCACCACCUCUGACAUCAAGGGAGAUAAUCAAAGACAGCCACACCAUUAUGCAGACAGAUACUAGAUACCAGCCCGAGUCAAUCCCUCCGCUAAUUGACCUCUCCAUCACAGAGGUCAACAAGAGGCUGUAUCUACAUGAUCCCGACACGCCAAUGGCCAACAAGUGACUGAAUGACAACAGAGUCAAAGGUUACUGGAGACCUGAACUUCGAACAUUCAACAAAUGGCUGCAUGCCAUUAUUAACCAUAAUGGUCAAAGGUCACUGCAGACCUGACCUUCCAACGUUGAACAUGAGACUGCAUGACAAGAUAAACCAAAUAGGUCAAAGGCCAUAGCAGAUCUGACCUUCCAAUGAUCAACAAGUGGUUGCAUGACAGGUCAAAUGUCACUUGAGGCCUCGCCUGCCAAUGGUCAAGGAGUGGCUGCACAAUGAUUUUGAUCAAGCCUCACUGGAGAUCCUUUCUUCCUAAGCUGCAUGACAACGUUAGAGUUAAAACUUGCUAGAUAUGAACAAGGGUCAACCGGAGGUUACAAAAUGACAUCAAUCAGUUUGUCAAAUGUCAUUAGAGAUUUUAUUUUGAUUUUCUCAAGGUUAACUUUAGUCUACAUAUUGACGUAAAACUCAACUGCAGGAAGAGGAAAAUCAACUCAGAUCCUUAAGAAAGAAGUUCUCACAGGAUCACAACUCACCUGGCUUGUAUAUUCUUGAUAGUAAAUGAAACACAACUGUCUGUAGACUUCUAUUAAUUCCUACGAUGAUUUUACACAACUGGUCAAGUUGUUAUAAGACUUGUCAGGGUACCACAAUAUGUACAAUAUAUGAAACAAUCAGAAACAAAUUUUGUAGUACAUCAAAUACAAGUCGGUUGAUAUUAAUAGGAAUUGGGUAAAUAUGAUAUUUUCUGCCGAUGUUCAGACGAUACUCUUCAUUUUUUUGCAACCACUUAUAAGCCACAUCAGUAUAUAUACUACCGGUACAUGCUCAACUGGGAAGUAAAAAUCUGCAGCUUUUCACCAGGAAAAUAUGGUAUAUCAAAUGUAUUCAGGUGUACAUGCAAGUUAAUAUCUGGAAGUUAAGUAUUCAAAUAUCCUUCAAUAGAGCGCUAUUAAAAUAGAAGUUUGAUAUUCAAAUAUUUGUUUACACAAUGAUUAUUAGAUGGUUAUAAUGAAUAUUACCAUCUGAAAGAUCACUUCUUUAAAGUUUUUCUGUUCCCAGUCUACAAAUGUCCAAUUUUCAUUCUGAAUCAAAUUUUGUCAGAUAAAACAUCUAGAUGUUA